AUGAAGCGGCACUGCUUGAGGGUGGAGUGGAUUACUCAGAAACGAAGCUCAUUAGAAUUGGAAGACGAAGGUUCGAUGGAUAUUGAAGAGCUGAGGCGACGAUAUGGUUAUUCAUUAUCUGGUGAUGAUGAAAGCGCAGAAGCGGAGUGCGACAGCAGUUCAGAAGUUGGCGCCGUCGCUGACGGUGAAGGUGAAUGUGAAACAGUAGACGUAGAGGCUAGUGAAAGCGGAGAUUUCUUCCACCUCCCAUAUGAUGAGCUCGAUGAAGGCGAUGAUUCGGACGACAGGGACUAUGCGCCGCCAGAUCCUUGGAGGAAAGAUGUUCGUGUUGAUGCCGGCCGUUACCAAGCAGCGGUUCCUGAAAGUAUGAAUGACGAGGCGUCCCUGGCGUCUAGUGAUAAUGAUAAUGACUUACCGACGUUACCAACUCCAGUACCGGGUGGAGCGUUGUGGAUGCCAACAGAUAAUCUGUCAGAGGUCGACAUAGAUCGGUUUCUAGGCGACGUUGUUGAGUUGAGAGAAGCACAUGGCCAAACUAUUUGUGAUCGUUUUUCUUUGACAAGAGACGAUGAAGACGCGCUCUGUGCAUUGUAUAGGCACCGUUACGAUACUGAUAAAGCUAAAGCAGCGUUUCCGUUUUCUCGAGUAAAUCAGCCAUUCCGCACGGUACGCCAAGGCGCGUUGGAGUGGGAUUUGUCAGAGCGUGAUUUGUUUGAGAGAGGUAUUGCGAUGUACGGCAAGAACUUCUCUGUAAUACAAAAAAGGCUGUUACCAUAUAGACGAGUAGGAGAGCUUGUUGAGUAUUACUACUUCUGGAAGAAAACAGAUAGAUAUCAAAUGUUCCGAAAGCACACCGUGUACGCUGAGCCAGAUAUGCAUUGUUUGGGGCCGCCGUUGUUCGCCCAUAAUCAGUAUGCACAACAUCCGUACGAUGGGGCUUUACCGGAAGUGGGCGGCACUAGGGCAGACAACGACGGAGUUCUGCCUGAUAUGGCUGGCAGUGGUGUGCUGCCAUCAGCAGAAGCUGAUACUG